UUUAGAUCAAAAUACACAUUCAGAUAUCAACCAUGCAGUGUACUGCGGCCCGUUAAAACUAGCGUGUGCUAGCUAACUUUCGUUAAACAAACCAGUUUAUCAAGCGAGGAAGAAUAAUUCUUAAACCAGAUGGCUAACUACUAGCUAGCGAUUUAGCAUGUCAUAUUAUUGGCACAGUAAGCAGCUAGCUGGUACCGUUGGGACAGAACAUGUUUUCGUUCAGACUCACGAUGAUGUGUCCCAACGUUACUAACGUUACAGUAGCUAGCUAGCUAACAAUGUCUGCUUGCCAACGCGGUCUGCUAGCAGUACGUGACUUUAUAUUAACAAGUAUUUAAUUGAAAACAAGGAAUCAAAUCAAGGUUUAUUGGUCGCGUACACAAUUUGGCAGGUGUUAUAGUGGGUGCAGCGAAAUCGUUAUGUUACCAGCUCCUAACAAUGUAGUAAAAUGUCAGACAAUUUAAAUGUAAGGGGGAAAAAGACAAGGAAUCAAGAACUGCGGGAUGAAUCUGAUUAACUCAAAUAGCACCGAGGCAGUAAUCCAAUGCAAUCUACAUCGAUCCUACAUGCGUCUGACAGAAAAAGAAAAAGAAACACUACCAAUAGAUAUUGUUUUACAGACUUUGUUAGCCUUUGUUCUGACCAUUUAUGGUAUAGUCCACAUCUCUGGAGAGUUUAAAGAUAUGGAUGCAUCCUCAGAGCUGAAAAACAAGACGUUUGACACAUUGAGGAACCACCCGUCUUUCUACAUGUUCAAUCAUCGCGGUAGGGUGCUCUUCUGCUCUCCCAACCAAGAGGUCUCCAACAUCCCAAACACACAGGCCCUGCCCAACCCCCUGCGACUACGCAAACUGAAGCAUUUGCACUGAGACUUGCCUUCCCCACCAACAUGUCUUUAUUUCUGUGCACAAAUAAGCUUUUUGGUUAGAUCCCACAAAGUAAAUUCUACUACAUUUAAUUUGUCUUAGUAUAUAUAUUAAUAUGCUGUACGAAUGUGCAUCUCCUCCCGUAAGUGGUUACCAUAUUUAACUCCUGACUGUCAACCAACCCCACAUUUUUUCAGGCAGAUUUGUUUGUAUAUAAUUAUAAUUGCUUAGAAGUAAAAGGAUUUGACACAUCUUCCCCUUACUUAGCUAAGGGUAGGGUAAGAUGUAUGUGUCUAAUCCUUUAAGACUUCUAAGCAGUUGUUCCCCUUUGUUGGACAAGGGGCAUGAUGUUUGGUUUGCCACAAUACAUGUCUAUCUUGAGCA